GUUUUUUUUUGUAACAAUGAACUACCGAUAUUCAAUUUUAUGCUUUCAAACUUUCUUCGUAAACAAAUUUGUUAAUACAAAUCCUUUAAAAAUCUUAUAUAAAGUGCAAUUUGUUAAAACAUUUCAUAGGAGCAUUCAUUUCACCACUAAUUUAUCGUACGAUCUCAACUGUAGAAGACCAAAUAUGCAUUCUGUAAAAUUAUCAUCUGGUCAUGAUAUGCCUACUGUAGGUUUAGGAACAUGGCAGGCUAAACCUGAAGAAAUUGAAGCUGCUGUUGGGACUGCUUUAGAAUGUGGUUACAGACAUAUUGAUACUGCAUUUAAUUACAAUAACGAAGAAGCAAUUGGAAAAAGUUUAAAUAAUUGGUUUAAUAAAGGUGGUAAACGUGAAGAACUUUUUAUUACGUCAAAGUUACCCCAUUAUGGUAAUCGACCAUCAGACGUUGAAAAAUUUCUUAAAUUAUCAUUAGAACGUCUUGGCUUAGAUUAUUUGGAUAUGUAUUUGAUCCACAUGCCAUUUGCCUUUAUAUUAGAUAAAAAUGUAUAUGCUCCUGCAACUUUAGAAGACGGUAGUUACAUACUUGAUUUAGAUACGGAUCCAGUUUCUGUAUGGAAGGAAAUGGAAAAACAAGUAGCAAAAGGACUUGUUAAAUCUAUAGGUUUAAGUAAUUUUAAUGAAGCACAAAUAUUAGAAGUAUAUAAAAAUGCACAAAUAAAACCAACCAACUUGCAGGUUGAAUUGCAUGCAUAUCUACAACAGAAACCAAUAAGAGAAUUUUGUCAAAAGCACAAUAUACAUGUAACAGCUUACAGCCCAUUAGCAUCACCUGGAGCUAAAUUCCAUUUUCAAACAAAAUAUAAUUAUAGUACAGAAAACUUUCCUGAUCUUCUUGGACAUCCUGUUGUACUUGAAAUGGCUAAUAAAUAUAAAAAAACAACAGCACAAGUGUUGUUACGACAUUUGGUACAACAAGGAAUUAUUGUUAUUCCAAAAAGUUCUUCACAAGAUAGAAUUAAAUCCAAUAUCAAUAUUUUUGAUUUCGUUUUAACAGAAGAAGAUAUAAAUACUUUAAAUGCUUUAGACAAAGGUACAGAUGGCCGAAUAUUCAAUUUCCUAUUUUUCAAAGGGGUUGAAAAGCACCCACUUUAUCCAUUUAAAACUGAGUUGACAUCAUGAGCAAAGGAUUUGCUCUUGUUAUAUAAUUUAAAAAUAUAGAAUUAUAUAAAAAAAAAUAAAAGAGUAAAUUGUAUGGAGUAUUGAACAAAA